AUGCCUCGUGCACCAAAACAAAAAGAUCCUAAUGCGCCAAAGCGACCAUUAUCGGCAUUUUUCAUUUUUUCACAAGAUGAAAGACCAAAAAUAAAAUUAACGAAUGCAACAUUAUCAGUAGCUGAUGUUGCUAAACUUAUUGGGGAAAAAUGGCGUUCAGCACCAGAUGAAUUAAAACGUCGAUAUGAAAAAGCAGCUAAAGAAGCUAAAGAACGUUAUGAAAUCGAAUUGCAAGCAUAUAAACAAACACCUCAAUAUACACAAUCAUUACAACAAGCAAAAGCUCGAGCUUAA